UGCAACCUUCGUCUCGAUUAGCCAGUCCUGGCGCACAAGAUGAUAGGUUAUCAUUUAUUCUUUGGAAGGCCUCCCAUUCAGAAACUUUCAACACCGCCAUUAAUACUCUUGUUUAGCUUUGCUGACAGACUCUACACAGUUAGCAAGCCUCGAAGUGUCUCUCUGACUUGAUCCUGGGAUCUUCUCGAAACUGGGCAAACUUUUCUUUGAUUGCUUGUGUGUCGACUGUCCGGUUGGUCCUGUGCCGGCCAGCGCGAAUGUGCUUGGCCCGACUGCUGCCUUUCCGUGGCGAUGGCAGAGGACAUUGAUCCCUACGAUUGGACGCUGGACCAAGUCGUCGAUGCCUUCUGCUACAAGCGUACGCUAUGGCAAGAAGAGCAGCCAAAUGCCAUCCUUCCCGACCCGGUGACUUUAGAAAGGCUCCUACGACUGAACCACAUCUAUGGUGCCGCGCUGCUCACCGAGGUCACUCCACAAGUGCUCAAGGACGAUUUGUCUCUCAAAUCGCUAGGUCAGAGGAGUAGCAUCUCGUGGGCGAUAAGGAGGCUGCAAGCCCGGUCUCGAAAGUUCAUCGCUCAGCAGUCGGCGGCCGCACUCAGUCUGCACGGCAACCUUUCAGCACAGGCACAAAUCAAUCAAUACAGCACGCCCCUGCCAUUCACGCCAUUCACUCCGCAUCAAUCAGAAAGAAACGUCUUACAAUCUCCAUUUUCAAUUCAAAGCGAUGCACAUGCUUCAGUUGGAACAUCACCUGGCUUCGUCCAGCCGGCUUUGUUGGCCCAUCCAGACCAUCAUCUUGCUCAGUCGCCAUCCCGUUCUAAUCCAUUUCAGCCGAUGCUGGGAACGGGGACUUCAGUUGGCGAGGGCGAGACUGAUGCUGUUUCUCUGAAGCGGCGUGCCGGAGAAACAGUCAUCGAAGAUGGAGCGGGCCGCAAGAAGCGUCGCCUGGAUCUCAGUGCGAUGAUGACGAGGACGACGACGACAAUGAACGAAGCUAGUCAAUCGAACAACGAUGCAGACCUUCCGAGCUCUGAAGCGACGGCGACUUUCACGGCGGCGCAAGCAUCACAACCAACAUCCCCCUCCCCCGUCUACUUGCCUGCCAACACACUCCUCCAGAAAUGUGGCUUAGAGCCGGGCAUCACGUCCUUUCUUGGGAAGAAAAAGUUCUCCUUUGAAACAAUGUUUUUCGGUUCUACACGUUAUGGCAAAGAGCUCAAUAUUGAUGUUGACUGCAAGCCGCUGAUAAAGGAAGGAAGCUCUGUGGGCGAGACACUAAUUUAUCAUGGCUCGGCAAAUACAGCCGUAUAUGGACUCCAGAUGGUCAUGAAUAGAAAGAUGAUGUCGUUCUUACGCCGAGAUCCAUACUUGAAUGUGAACACGAAAGAUGAAUCCAUGGCGUUCUAUCCUUAUUCUGCAACGCCAUCGCAGUCCACGGAGUCUCGCGCACUGAUACAUAUCAUGGAAGAAAGUGGCAUUGUUAUAGCAAAGCGAACUAAGCUUGACCAAGUAUUAUAUGCGGACUCAGGCUUGAACUUUGAUGAUACGACUUCAAAUCAUGAUUGGGACUUCCUUAGCCACUGGCAACGAGAGAGGGGUGAAAAAGAGGACGCAAUAUUGCCCGCAUAUGGAGAUUCGGAGUCUGAAGACGACGUUGAACUUGAUUCUUUGGUAGAAGAGCUUGAGAGGGACGAAGAGGAAGACGCAGAGGAGACAAGGAAACUCGAUGCAGCCCAAGUCGAAAAAAUCAUUGAGGAUACCAUAGCGGACCAGGUUACAGCUUGGAGAGAGAAGAGACUACCGGUUCUUCAGGAUCGGGCGCUUGCAACGUGGAAAAAGGGACGAUCCGGACACCAUCGAGAGAAACUUGCUCGCCUCGCUGAGCAAGAGAUUGCCCGAUUAGACGCUUCGGUUGCAAAGCUCAGCAGAAGUAUUGCGAAUGAUACAUGGACUCGAGGAAGGGAUGUGCGUGCACAAUGUGAAUCCAUUGAGCCUACCGUCCAUUGGCGUGAAGAGGAGAAGUUCAAGCUGUCUGUGUGGCGGAAUCCCAAGGCUCCACCGCCGCCCAGCGGUCAGCUACUCACCUGCAAGAAAAGAAACUCGUACGUUUCAUCAAACCCUGGUGAGCACGUACUUGACAGCGAUGAGGAAGUCGUGGAUAACCGCCCAGGUCUUGAUACGUUCAUCGAUGUUGAUGAGUUGGUGCCGCUGGACUUGACCGCUUUCAAGGCACAAGACGAGACCGAGAGUCACGGCGCAGAUACGAAUCAACCAGUGCAGUCGGAGCAGGCCCAAUUGACGUCUCUAGAUGAACUUGGGGAGAGAACGCGAUCACAGGAUGAAAAUAGAUCUGAACUCGAUUCUGCUACAGAGAUGUUGUCGCAAACCAAGCCAAAAGAUGACAGCACAGUAGACGCACAUGUGGAUGAAACCGUCAAAGUUGAGCCAUUCUCAGGUCCAGUUUUUCCCGAACUCGAUAAAACCUGCUUGCCCGACAAGUACAUGAUUGAUCUUACAUUCGAUUCUGACACAGAAUUGCCUUUGAUAACGGCGCAAGCAGGCCCUUCUUCUCGAAGGACUCGAGCCCAAUCGGCAAACAAGGAUUUCUCCGAUCAUCCAGAAGAUGAUCCUGACGAAAGCGUUGCGCUGUGGGACUGGGUGGUACUCCAAGAAAACACUGAUCGCGUUCGCGUGAUUAUCAAGCUCAUACGCGAGAUGCCAGCCUUCGAGUACAAACGGCUUCGCGAACACGUCCUAGAGGACUACGGAACUGGACAGCGGCCUAAGAUUUACGAGCUUGGCGAGAAUAUCGAGAAAGUUCUCCGCACGCGUCUUGGACUAGCAGCCAACUUUGAGAUGGCUGAGUUUGCGUUUGACCGCGCUGUUGAGCUCCUUCACUUGUACGUGUGCUGGCUCGAAUCCUCGCCAGUCCACUUCCGUGAGGGUUACGAUCUGAACGAGCAAAACUUUAAGCUUGUCGAUCUGGAACACCAACUAUUGCAGAAUGCUUUUGCUCAGACCCGCCAAGAUGAAAGUGAGGAUUUGGGCGAAUGUUUGCAGUACAUUUACAGCACUUUUUUUCGACACGAACAUCCUUUGCAAAGUGCAAAAGAAGACGAUAACUCGGACAUCGAAUUACAGGAAAUCGACUCUCACGAGGCUGACGGAGCGAUUCCGCGAAAGCAGCGCAAACGACAUGUUGAAGAAAGUCAGGCUGCGCUCAGCAAGAGGCAGAAAUCCAAGCAGAAGGCAGCAGACUGGAAAGACCGCACAGACACAUUCCUACAGCAAAGCCAUCACCAGAGUUCGCAAUUAGGAACCAGUGCGGGCGACAUCGUCGUCAACACCGGAAAAGAGGAGGACGACCCAGAGAUCUUCAUCAGCCCCCACAUUGCGCCGGCAUUGAAGCCUCAUCAGAUCGACGGGAUACGGUUCAUGUGGCGCGAAAUCGUUGGCACUGCAGAUGAUAGUGACGAGCCACAAGGCUGUUUACUUGCUCAUAACAUGGGUCUUGGAAAGACUUUGCAAGUUAUCGCAUUCAUAGAUACUCUUGCCCGGGCCGCGCGAAGCGAGGACAAAAGGGUUAAGAGGCAGGUACCAAAAAAACUGCGCGCCAUGCGCGUCCUCAUCCUCAGCCCCGCUGGUCUGAUCAGCAACUGGGUCGACGAAUUCAUGAAGUGGAACAAGGCCGAGUCAGCUAUUGGCGAACCUUUCGUCCUCACUGCUCAGACGACCACGAUGCAAAGACUGGAGCUGCUCAAGGAUUGGUACAACGCUGAGCGGGGUAGUGUCCUCUUGAUGAGCUACGAACUCUUCCGCAACUGGGAGGGAAAUAAGAAGGCGGGUAAGAACUAUAGCAGCCCUUUCAGUGAAAAAGAACACGAAGAGGUCAAGAAGCAGUUGUUGGGAGGCCCAAGUCUCGUGGUUGCCGACGAGGCUCACAAGCUCAAAAAUCACACAUCUGCGGUCACGAUCGCUGCUCAGAAACUGAGCACAAAAAGUCGCAUUGCCCUCACUGGAACACCACUUUCCAACAACCUUCUCGAAUACUACGCCAUGGUGGAUUGGAUAUCGAAGGACUACCUGGGCGGGUUGGUUGAGUUCAAGGCCAACUAUAUUGAACCGAUAGAGAAUGGACUGUAUCUGGGAAGCUCAAGAGGCGAAUACCGUCGAGCGCGGAUUCGAAUGGCCGCGCUCAUCGCCAUGUUGGAGCCAAAGAUUGAUCGUCGAGAGAUUGAUGUCCUGGCGGGUAGCUUGAAGCCCAAGGUGCAGUUCGUCCUCAAAGUGCCCCUCACCCCGUUACAGUUUGACGUUUACGACGGGUUUGUCCAGGAGGCGAUUGGCGAAAUUGGCGAUAGCGUCUCCAACGCGCGUCUCUGGGGCUUCAUGUCAUACCUGCAGCUGCUUUGCGGGCACCCUUCCCUGUUUAGAGGGGCUAUUGUCGAAGCACGGAAAAAGCAGAAAGCCCUGGAUGAGAAGCGGGCUAAGGACGCUUCGAAAAAGCAAGCAAAGAGUCCGUUGAGCCGCGUAGUCGACGAAAGGCCCGGCAACAGCCCUCAGUCGAACGACGAUGAGGAGACGGACAAUUCCGACGAUACUAAGGACGAUGUUGACGAUGACGGCAACGCCCCCGCAGACUCCAUAUCCCUUCAGAUCGCGGAACGCCUGUUCAACAAGCUUGUUGAUAAGUUCGAACCAAUUCUGGCGGCUUUCCAUGACGCUCAGUUCUCGUACAAAGUUAGCCUGCUGCUGAAAAUUGUCGAGAAGUCGAGGGCAGUUGGCGAUAAGCUCUUGAUAUUUUCUCACCGGAUACCAACUCUCGACUUCUUAGGCCAGGUUCUCAAGAAGUCCAACGUGCGUUGCGAGCGUCUUGACGGUUCCACUUCGAUGAACAAGCGUCUGCAAAUGACGAAAAACUUCAACAAGGGCAACGAGUACGACGUCUGUCUCAUCUCGACCAGGGCUGGCGGAGUCGGCUUCAACCUGUAUGGGGCAAACCGUGUCAUUCUUUUCGACUUCAGCUUCAACCCGACCUGGGAGGAGCAGGCCAUCGGACGAGCAUUUCGCCUUGGCCAGGAGAAACCAGUGUUCGUCUACCGCUUCAUAUCGACUGGCACAUUCGAGGAGAAGCUCUUCGAUAAGACUAUCUUCAAGCUGCAGUUGUCGUACAAUGUUGUCGAGAAGAAGCACACGAAGAGCAGGGCGGUUCGGGUGCAAGACUACAUUGAAACGCCUAAAAAGUCUAAGCUGCAAGACUUUUCGAGCUGUCGUGGAAACGAUGGCGUUCUUGACGCUAUCCUUGACGAAAUGGAAGAGGGUAAAGAGCUUGUCCAUCACAUUGCCUUGGACACGACUUUCAAGGAGGAGAUAAAGGAGAACCUUGAUGAAGAGGGCAGGAAGGAGAUGGAGAUGCUGGUCCAACAGAACCAGCUCCGAAUCACAGAUCCGCAAGCGUAUGCUUCGCAACAGUUAAAACAACAACAAGGAGCAACAGCAGCGAGAUUCAACAUGCCAUCUUCGGCGGCUCGCCCAGAUCAUGUCACCGGCAUUCCGAGCCGUCUGGCGCAAGAUGCGACGCUGGCGCCUCCAGCAAGUGCACCCGUUGCUGGAACGAGCGACCGAAACCCAGCGACUCUAUCACCUUCUUUGACGGCUCAGGAGCAACCUACAGGCUCGAAAGCACCAGCGACGAACCGCAUGGACUAAUUGAUUGCGCACACAGGCAAAGAUCAUGCACACUUUCAUUUCUUACUAUUCUUUGGAGUUAUUCACGUUGGCGACUGAGUCUUGCUUGAGACAGAGUGAUCAGAUGAUACCCCGAAUUCGGCAAAAACGCUGUAGCUUGCAACUCUUUGUACUUUUCGCGUCUUGGCGGUAAAUGGUUUGGUUUGUAUUUUGGCAGCGUGGAACUGGCCUCUUGAGAGGCGGCAGCGGCUACAAAGAAUUGUGUAGGACAGCAGCCCUGCGCGUAGCAGAGCAGAAACGAAUAGAAUUGAACAAAAGACCGAUUCGUAAU